GGAAUAAAAACUGAAAAUUUGGAAAAUGUCUCAACACUUAUAUCUCCCGAUCCACACAAGAGCCACUUCUAAUUCCCUGUUGGAUAAUGCAUCGAUGUUCCUCUGUGCAAGAUUCAAGACAUUUCAGAGGAAAGAUACUCAAUGUCAGGCAUUUGUGAAGAGAGUCAUCAUGAGUCGUCUUUUUAGGAUAAUUAUGAUUAGUACCAUCUCAACAAAUGCCUUUUUUGUGGUAUUGUGGACUGAUUAUAAAACAAGGUACAACCUGUUCAGACUUUUACAGAUCAUGGAGAUCAUCUUUGUGUCCAUCUAUAGCGCCGAGUUCUAUAUAAAGCUCUAUGUGGACCCCAUCAACUACUGGAAGGAUGGCUACAACCUGCUAGAUGUGUUGGUUAUCAUCAUUGUCUCGAUCCCUUAUACUCUCCGCAAGGUCAAGGGCAAGCACUUCCCCUACCUCAACAUUGCUGAUGGCUUGCAGUCCCUGCGCAUCCUCAAGCUUAUUACAUAUAGCCGUGGCAUCCGGACGCUCAUCACCGCCAUUGGGCAGACAGCCUACACUGUGGCCUCCGUGCUCAUCCUGUUCUUCAUCCUGAUGUACAUCUUCGCUGUCCUGGGCUUCUGCCUAUUUGGAGGUCCAGAUAGGGGUGACGUGGAAAACUGGGGGAACCUGGCCGUGGCCUUCUUUACGCUCUUCAGCUUGGCGACGGUUGAUGGCUGGACAGACCUGCAGGAGGAGCUGGACAAGCGGAAUCUUGCUCUGAGCCGAACGUUCACCAUCAUCUUCAUCUUGCUUGCCUCUUUCGUCUUCCUCAGCAUGUUUGUGGGUGUGAUGAUCAUCCACACUGAGGACUCCAUCAAAAAGUUUGAGCGGGAGCUGAUGCUGGAGAGGCACAUGGCACUCAUGAAAGAGAAGCAGGUGAUUGUGAGGCGGCAGCAGGAGGAGGUCAGCAGGCUGAUGCAGACAGAGAAAAACGUGGACCAUAAAAGUUUCAGUGAGCUGGUAAAGAACUUCAAGAAGACCCUGCGACACACUGACCCAAUGGUCUUGGAUGAUUUUGGCACUAGCCUACCCUUCAUCGGUGUCUACUUGUCCACUCUGGACAACCAGGAUACCACGAUUUACAAGCUCCAAGAACUGUACUACGAGAUUGUGCACGUGCUGAGCCUGAUGCUCGAAGACUUGCCCCAGAAGAAGCAGUCCCACUCCUUAGAGAAGGUUGAUGAGAAGUAG